AUGGCAAUGUUCAGUCAAAACCCGUUGAUGAACGGCCCAAAUUACUCCUUCAGCCAGACACCAUCAACCGCCGCAGCUGGCAACAAGGAGCACAGUUUCUACCCAUAUACCGAUAACGGAGGCUCAACUCUUGCGAUCUCAGGUAACGACUUCACGAUCAUUGCAGGCGAUACCAGAUCCACAUCCGGCUACAACAUCAACACCCGCUACAGCCCCAAAGUCUUCAAGAUCGGCGGCACAACCUCAUCACAAGACGACGCGACGCUCGUUCUCUCAGUCGUCGGAUUCGCCGCAGAUGGAGCAGCCUUAAAAGAACGUUUAGACGCCAUCGUCAAGAUGUACCGAUACCAACACGGGAAGCCUAUGAGCGUAAAGGCGUGCGCGCAACGAUUAUCCACCAUCCUCUACGGAAAGCGAUUCUUCCCAUACUAUGUGACUGCUAUUCUGGGUGGGCUUGAUGAGGAGGGAAAGGGUGCGGUGUACUCGUAUGAUCCGGUGGGCAGUUAUGAGCGGGAACAGUGUAGGGCGGCUGGUGCGGCGGCGAGUUUGAUCAUGCCGUUCUUGGAUAAUCAGGUCAAUUACAAGAACCAGUACAUCCCGGGUAGUGGUGAGGGUCACGCAUUACAGGAGCGAGAGAAGAUUCCACUGCCAAGAAAUGAGGUUGAGGAUCUGGUUAAGGAUGCAUUUGAUAGUGCGGUAGAGAGACAUAUUGAGGUCGGGGAUGGACUUCAGAUGCUGAUUAUCACGAAGAGCGGUAUCGAGGAGAAGUACUUGCCACUGAAGAAAGAUUAG